AUGCCCGCAGCGCGGAAAGAUGGGACGACAUCAGGCCCGUAUCUGCCUGAUCAUGUAAAGUGGCUGUACGAAGAGGGCCGUUUCUGGAGAUGCACCAUCGAGACGAGGUCCAGCUUCAGCGAAAUGCCAAAAACCGACACAGGACCAGAUUUUGUCCAGGAUAUACUGAGUGCCUCCUCAUUUUACGCAGAACAAUUUGGAGGGGCUUCAAAAUUAAAGAGUCUUGUAGGGUAUCAGGGGAUGCAGGUGUGGUGGGGAGUGCUGUCGGGCGGCACAGGCCUGAAGCCGUCAAAGCGCACUAGCCGAACCUUUCACGACAGCUUUCGUCCGCACUUUCAGCUUCCCAACUCUUCAUCUUCAUCGCUGAGUAGGAAAGGGUUGUUCUUCAGUUGUCACGGUACAUGCAGUCGCUACGGCUCCUUUGACGACACACUCCUGAAGCGCAGGCACUGCGCUUGCUGUGCUGUGACCCAGCAGCUUGGGUGCAGCCGCCCACCAUGCAAUCGAGGGCGUACAAUGCGAAAUAGGUGCGGUGUGAGUUGCGGCACUAAUCCAGCCUACGCGAUGAGCUCGCAAUUGUUUGACGCCCAGCUCUUAGUACCUGACAACAACGCAUCGCACCUGCAAUUGGUCGACCUCAUCACUGCUGGCAAAUUCACUGGACCCGGACUGCCGGAUGUUGCUCAUCAAUAUCUCGACGCGUUUUGCAACAAGAGCUAUUCGAACGGUCGCCGAAGAUGGGCUGGAAUCGCGCUAGUCCACAUGAUGCGUGCGUCUGUUGGUGUCGUUCAGCGUCUGAAGAAGCUCGCGCAAGGGCCGUCUCGAAUUGGUGCUAUCAUUCUCGAUCCCAGUGAGAGUGAGGAACGCAGGAUUGUUGCCGGUCUCAUCAUACGGCAGGGGCUCGAAGCAGGCAUUGACUUCGCAGAGUUAUGGGAGUCAGACAAGGUGAUGCAUAGCGCACCGAACUUUCCCAAAGAUUCUAGUGAGCAAUGGAUGAACCAAUUCCAGACAUACCUGGACGAUCUCAGCAACCUCAAGCUUACGAACCUGGAUACCGACGCACUGGUGCUGUAUCCCAUGUCUCUUUCCGCCAACGAUGGGUUCCAAUGGACUGGCAAAUCUGCGGUCGCUCUUAUCGAGAGGGACUCGCUGACGAUCGUCGUGUCCGACUCUACGCUUACCAAUUUUCAUUUCAUCGACAUACCGAUCAGCCACGUCAAAGAGACCUGCAUGCAACAGGACUCUCCACAUGAAAGCCAAGAAGGUCGGUCCGGACACAAGAUGCACAACUUGAUUAUGAAGUUACGGUCCACUUCACCAAGCUACCGUCUGAACUCAUCAGAUCGCACGGCAUCUGAGUUCAAGACAUCGUUCUUCCGCCAUGAAGAUGCGCACGAGUUCGAUGUCGGGCUUCAGGACGCUCGCAAGAACUUGGCUAACGCCACCACUGCAACAGCCGAGGCAGUCAAUCCAACAGCAUCCAGCAGUUCUCCCAACGUAAAGCGUCAAUCAACCGUGCACCGUAUCGACACGAUUCUUCCACCUAGACAACGAGAGGAUGCUCAUCAUAGUUCGGACACCGGCUCAGGAGGUACAUUGGACGGGUCUGUCUCAUCGGAGCAGCUAAGGGAGGAGCAAAGCUCAACGCAGCAUGCGGCUCAAGAGAGAGGCAAGGGAAAGCUGCCAAAGAUCUCAAAAGCUACGAAGCAGAAGGUCGUACGAACUCAACAGUUGCCAUCUGGUCCGUUCAAGAUCACGAAAGCCAAAGUGUCCAAGAAAACGACUCCGGUCAUUGAUGCAAGCGAAGACGAAGACGAAGAGUUAUCGGAAGAUGAGUACAACCUGAAGUCAACAGCGACCACUCGCAGUUCUGUCACUUCCGCAACGGGCAGAAAGUCACAGGGCCGACGCAAAGUGAACGCUGAAGACGAAGACUUCGUUCUUGAGGUUUCAACGUCGAAACCAAAAUCCACCAAGCGAAAGAGGGGCUCAAAUGAUGCGGCUGAAGCCAGUCGACCGACGAAGAAGAAGACACAAUCGAAGCCAAGCGACAAUUCUGGACCUACUACAGCCAGUACGACAGCGAAGAAGCAGAAGGCGAAAGCGCAGGAGAGCGCACAGACAGAACUAUCUCAAGCUCGAGAACCGAUGAAGCAACCGACUGCGCAGCAGAAAACCCAAAAUGGGGUAUCAGCACGCCACUCGCUGAUCGGAGGGCUGUUGAAAUCGAAGAGCCCUAGCAAAGCUGCUGCUCCAACAUUCAAGAAGCCAGGCCAGCCUGCCUCAACGCCAAGCAGACAAAGAGCUCAGCCUGUCCGAACCACGCCUAAGCCACAAACACCCAUUGAGACGUGUAGAGAUCUUGAAACCCUCCCUGUAUACGUCUCUUCGUCCACACCACGCAGUCAGGCGAUCCAUGAUGAGGAUUUCGGUCUUCAUUAUACUCCAGUAGAUACCGAGAUUCUUUCGAGUAACACCAAACGAGUCCCUGACUCACCGCACGCCGAGUCCACAGCGAUAUCUGGGCACGCCGACCGUGACGUUGUUCACAGGGAAAAGUGGAUAGGGGAUUUGGAGACCGCAAAGAGUGACCCGUUCCAGCAACGCCGAGAAGGCCAGAGGAUGACUACCUUAUACCGCCGUUUCACUGGAGAGAGUACUGUGGAUAGCAGGCCAGAUGCGGUACAGGAAGGGUCGUUCUCUAUGCCAGCUGAGAUCACCAACGACGAUACCGAGGUCGAUGAGCUGCAAAUCAGCUUUGCGAGCCAGCCAUUGCAGAAGCAUAGCCCGAGCCUGGCCAAGCACCGCACAAACAUGCGCAAUCAACAGAGUAUACAAAGCUCACCUGCACGUGUCAGGGGCUUCAAGGGCCCAUCAACAACCGUGAAGGAAUCACCCAAAGCAACUACAGCAGCACUCCCAGAGGAAGCGAGAGCGCUCAGAUUUGAAGCCACACGUAGCACGCACACCUCGCAAAAUGGGUCAAACCGCGCACAAAGAGAGCCAACACCUGAGAAGUCCAGACCUGCUUUUAUCGGAGCUGCAGAGAAGGGUCGUCGUGUGGCUGAAAAUACUUUGGACAAGCGGGCGCAAGCCUACGACUCCAUCAUCUCUGCUCCACGAGAAGCAGUCGAGAACACGUUGCCCGAAGUGCCAGCUCAAUCAGCAGACCAGGUUGAUCUUGAUGGCGACACAACGCUCGUUGGUGAAGAGAUGGAUUUGCCUGAGCAAUAUAGGGCGAAAGCAUCAGAACUACGUUUCAGAUCCUCCCCGCCCAUCCCAGAUUCAUCGAGCGUUCGAGGCGACUUUUCUGAUGAGUCUGAACCAGAGCCGGAGCCGUCACCUCCAACAUCGCGGGCAGAUGAGCUCGAAUGGGAAGCCGCUCUCCAGCCACAUCAGCGUGCUCUCCACGAGCAAAUGCUGCGAACCACGAAACGCGUUAUGCGUCACAUCGUGGACAAUGAGACAGCUGUGAUCGAUAUCGCGGACAUGUUUGCUGAUGAUGGAGAGCGCCUGCUGGGCUUGCUACUCGAGCGACAGAGCAAUGAGUCUGCAGUGGUAUUCCAAGAGCUUGCGAGCAAGAGACAGGAUCUGCUGAGGGAGUUGUCUGAUGCGUCCAAGAACUUGAAGGCACAAAGGAAGCAAAUUCGUGCAAUUGAUCCUGAGCGUCUACCGGAUAGUGGUCCAGACUGUGGGUGCAUAACUAGUUGCCAUUAUAGCACGGAGGAUCCGUUGGAGGAGCUCAAACAGUGUGAAAGAAAUUUCAGGAAGAAAGAGCCCGACUACAGCCACAAGGUGCGUCUUUCGGCAUCCUUAUAUAUCGUUCCUGUGAGGUCCGGACGGACAAUUAGCAGAUCAGAUGCAGAAAUCCAGAAAUGGUUCAACAACCGCGUCGUGUCAGUACAGUAUAAAAAGGUCGCAGAGUCGAUCCUCAACAAGCUCAAGGAACCGGUCAAUGAAAACCACAAAGCUGAACAACAGGCAAAGAUCCAAGCAGCCGCUGAAGCCGAGGCCAACAAGCGCAGACUGAAACGACAUUUCUUUGAUCAAGACAAAGGCCCUGUAUCACAAGGAGAUCAUAACAAGCAUAUCACGAUCCAACAAGACCCUAGGGCGCUGUUGAAAAAGAUCGAGGCCGGGUCAGAAGGUUUCAAGGAAGGUUCGGAUCGUCUGAAGACAAAGCUGCACUACUAUCAAGGUCUUAUCCCCAUGGCUGAAAUGUUUCCAGACCUAACGGAGUUCUUGGAAAGGAAAAUCGGCGACAACAGGGCACGCAGACGAGAGUUACGUGAAGAAAUUUCCGAUAUCUAUAAAAAGUUGGCUAAAAUACGAUGUCAGUCUGAAUGA